AAAGAGGAGACGAGGAGGACGGGACAUGAGCCAUCGCUGACACUCACAGGUGACACCAAACUGUGCAAUGACGGAGGGAGACGGAGUCACAGUGCUGACAUUUGGACCGGCGGCGUCUCUGGAUCUGUCCAGACAGGAGCCUCGGACGCUGACCAGGCUCUACAGCCAGAACGGAGGAUAUCACCUGAGGAUUUCAGCAGACGGAAGCGUGAGUGGUGGGAGGCAAGAAGAUGAUCCUUAUGAAAUCCUCAGACUUAAGGCCGUCAGUGUCGGCGUGGUCGUCAUUAAGGGUGAGAAGGCGGGACGCUAUCUUGCUAUGAACAAUAAUGGACACCUGUAUGGAUCACCAGCGCUCACCGACGAGUGCUUCUUCCUGGAGCGAUACGAAGAGAACCACUACAACACGUACCGCUCUCAGAAGUACGACUGGCACGUCGCGCUCAAGAGGGACGGACGACCCAAAGCGGGCCCAGACACCAGCCAGGGUCAGAAGGCCAUCUUUUUCCUGCCGAGGCCGGCGACGGGUAACAUGUAACAAACAAACAUGGACAUGGACUCAGUAUUAGUAUGUCGACACAAACAAAAAUAAGAGCUCACGUAAACAGGAUCAUGCGCUGUGUAUAUGAGAUGUACAGUAUUUGUCAAUCUUGAUAUUUACUUACAUUAACUAACAUUUAACAUCAAAGUUAAUAUAAGAUAAUCAAAGAGCUGCUCUUGAACACAGUUCCUGUUGUUUCUGUUAAAAAACAGGAUAAAUUUAAUAAUUUAUAAUAUGCUGUAUAUACUUGAUUUUGCCUCACGUUGUAAUUAUUAUUUUUUCUUAUAUGUACAGAGUGAUAAUAACACGUUGUUUUUCAAUGAUUUUAAAUUAAAACAAACACAUUUUAAGGUUUUUUUUUGUGAUUAUUAUACUUCUUCCCCCCAAAAAUGCCAUACAUGGACUUAACAUGUAGUCCAUUGUUGGCCACAAGAUGGCAGCAUUGCAUAAGGUUCAGCUUUCAUACUGAUAGCCGAUACUAAAAUACAGUCGCUUUGGUUUAUUAUCACUACAGAUUUUAGGCCCACCGCAAAUCCCAGUCAAAAUAAAUCAUAAGUUAAAGGAUAAAAAAGCCAAACUACACAAACUGCCUCCAACAGCCAUCUGUGUAGAUUAUAUAAGGUUUGUAAGACGAGACGCAUGUGAAGUAUAGAGUAGGAAAGUAAAAUAAAAUAAAACUGUAUUUAACGGCAGUUACCUAAGAACCCAUGCUGCCAUACCUGUAGUUUCUCUAUGUUAAGUAAUAUUUUUAGUGUUUAUAACUCUACAGAUUGCAAAAUAAACUGUUUAUGAGCAGUCAUUUCACUGAGGGGCUGCAACAUGUGAUCUAUAAGCAUCCGGUGCCUCUGGUGUUUAAAUUGGAUACAGUGUAGUGUUACAUUCAUGAAAUCUUACAUCUUUUAAAUCGACCUGAACAAUAAACUGGACUGGACCGGACUGGACCGUGCUGCUGCUGCUGCUGCUGCUGCUGCUGCUGCUCUCUAAGGCAGAGGUCUGUAUUUCUGUAUGAUUUUUGCACCAUAAAUACAUUUAUAUUGUCAACUAUUUAUCGUUCCAUAUCAAA